AGUCACACUUGUUGUGCGGGCUGACUUUGGAGGACAAGGGAACAAUCUAACAUUAAAGCAACCCCUACCCUCUUUGGACCUCUAAAUCAGAGAAGCGUAGAAAUCAUGCCAAAAAAAGCAGGGCGUAAGGGAGGAGGUGGAAAGCACGCGGGCAUGGCGGAGGAGGAGAGACUUCUGUACCUGCAGCAGAAAGCUCAAGCUGAGGAGGAGACAACCAAGAGAAAAGAAGACAUGCUCACCCAGUUCCUCAAAGAGAAACUGGAGAAGGAAGAGAAGAACACAGUGUUGAACCUUUACAAACUUCAGCAGCAGUGGCGUGUCGUUUUGAUGCAGAAAAAAACUGUUGAGUUGCGUGAUGACAUGUCAGUGUUGAGUCAGACCUUUGAGAGAGUCCUGGACUGCAAAGACAGCAUCAUUAGGAGUUUGGUGGUUGAUUUGAGCGAGAGAGAGCAGCAGUCCGAGUUAGCCCGAAGUUCUCAUCUGCACAACAUGGACUCACUGUUAGAGCUGCACAGAUGUCGACUGGCAGAACUUGAGAUGUACUUCAACACAAGAUUAGAGGAAUUUAGCUCAGAAUAUAAUACUGAGAGAGAACAGGUUCUGUCUCAGCAUCAGCAGGAGAAUUUGUGUUUAGAGAACAUGAUGUUUUCUAUGGAAAAGCGAUAUGCUGAUCAUGACAGCGAGGCGAACCGUGACUACCAUAGCACUCGCAAUCAAAUAAAAAAACAGAACGAUGAGAAUAAACAUGCAGUCCAGUUCGAUAUGGAAGGGAUUAUGGCCAUGUUAUGGCGAGAGAUGCAGCAGAUCUUACACGACCACAAUAAAGCCACUGAAGUUAAAGCCAUCGAAACUGAUCAUCUGCGCAUCAACGACGAGCGAAGCCUCAAAGAGAUCAACGCGCAUAAAAAACAAAUUUUGAAGUUGCAGGACUCGAUCACAGCUCUGCGCUUUCAGCUGAGCUCAAGUCAAACUGAAGACACAUCUGACCCCCUUCGAUCAGCCCGUGACGAGCUUGCCCAGAAAGUCCAACAUUUCAGGGUUCAGCUCGGUGACGCUCAAGCGGCUCGCAGACAGCAGCUCACCAAACUUACCGUUUACAGCAGCAAAGCUGCCAAAAAACUACAGGAGAUCCAAGCAAAGGGGGAGAAGCUGUUGCGUCUCUCAGAGAUGUGUCAUAAACUGGAGACAGAACAUGAAAAGGUUUUGCCCUUCGAUUCUUCAUCAUUGAGCGCUGAAGAGCUGAGUCAGGAGAGAGAUAAAGCCGCAGAGUCUCCACCUAACAAACUCACUCAUUUAAUUCAGGACUGUGCACCUCUCGGGAUCUUCUGGCAGCGUUAUAACAAAGUGCAUCUGGAGCGCUUGUGUCUGAAGCGAGAGAAGCUGCUUCUGGAUCGACAGAAUGAGCAGUUGAGAAUCUAUCUGAAGCAGUUUCUGGAUGGGAUUAGUGUUUCUGACGACAGUCUUCUUCACCAUCAACACCCACUGCUGACGGUGUCGUCUCCUCCUCUACAGGCCCCGGCUGCUACCGGGAGACGCGAUCAGAAACGCUACGUGGUCCAAGAAGCUGCAAAUAUUGCACAGCAGAGGCUGUAGGGAAUCCAUAUGAAAAUG